UCAAAAGAUGUGACAGGUGGUGGGGGCUUUCGGUUUAAGCAGUUGUGCAGAAAUAUUGAGCAGAGAUCUUCGCUUACGAACCGUGUUUCAUCUUUACGUGCUGUUAGUUCUUGCAAUACAAAAAUGUCGAAAUACACAAUUGUUAUGGUACGCCAUGGAGAAAGUGAAUGGAAUCAAUUGAAUCUGUUUUGCGGAUGGUACGACGCCAAUUUAUCUGACAAAGGUAAAACAGAAGCAGUUGCAGCAGGAAAAGCAGUCAAAGAUGCAGGCCUCAAGUUUGAUAUUGCACAUACAUCAUUGUUGACAAGAGCUCAAGAAACUUUAAAAUCAAUCUUGAAAGAAACAGGUCAAGAGAACAUUCCUGUUUGUAAAACAUGGCGCUUGAAUGAACGUCAUUAUGGAGGUUUAACUGGUAUGAAUAAAGCUGAAACUGCUGCUAAAUAUGGUGAAGAGCAAGUUCAAAUUUGGAGAAGAUCUUUUGAUGUACCCCCUCCACCUAUGGAAGCAGAUCAUAAGUAUUAUGAAGCCAUAGUAAAGGAUCCAAGAUAUGCUGAUGGACCAAAACCAGAAGAGUUUCCCAAAUUUGAGUCCCUAAAAUUGACAAUUGAAAGGACAUUACCAUAUUGGAAUGAUACCAUUAUCCCACAAUUGAAAGAGGGAAAGAAAAUUAUAAUUGCUGCUCAUGGAAACAGCUUGCGUGGCAUAGUAAAACACUUAGAUCAAAUGAGUAAUGACCAAAUUAUGGGUUUAAAUUUACCAACUGGUAUUCCAUUUGUUUAUGAACUAGAUGAAAACUUUAAACCUGUUGUAUCUAUGAAAUUCUUAGGUGAUGAAGAAACUGUAAAAGCUGCAAUGGCAGCUGUUGCUGCACAAGGAAAAGCUAAAUAAAGUUAAAGAAGUCCAUUGUA